UAAGCAUGUUGCCACUUUAAAACCUUCUUUUGAAAGUAGAAUCAUUGUCAGGUCUCACACUUCACACAAAGGAAAUCUAUAGCAGCAAAUUAAUGGAUAUGGAGAAAAAAGAAAUCAUAAAACCAGGAAAAACACAAAAACAAAAUUCAAUCACGAAUGCAUCCUCAGAUGAAAACCUUAGAGACAUCUUUCAUCAAAUCAAAACUUCCAAAUCCCCUACUGUAAUCAACUUUGGUGCAUCUUGGUGUCGUGUUUGUUCCGAAAUCCAACCUGCUUUUAAAAAGUUAAGCAACAAGUUUCCCAAACUUACAUUUGUAUAUGCAGAUAUCGACGAAUGCCCAGAAACAACCCAACAUAUCCGAUACACGCCUACUUUCCAUUUCUAUAGAGAUGGUGAAAGGGUAGAUGCUAUGUUUGGCGCCGGCGAAGAAAGGCUGCACGAUCGUCUGUGGUUACAUUCCUAGUUGCAAAUCUACUAUUAUAUGUAAUGUAAUCACAACAUUGUCUGUUAACUUUAUAACGUUCCGUAUUUUAGUAUUAUGAUGGAAGAAAGACGAGUGUUUAUAUAUA